AUGGCUUCGCAACUUUACACCAUUCGUCUAUCCCGGGAGGAUAGUUCUGUGCCAUGGGGAUUUCGUCUCGAAGGUGGAACAGAUGUGGGUCAUCCAGUAAAUAUACAACGUGUCAAUCCUGGAUCUGUGGCCGAUCAAUGCGGUCUACGAUCUGGUGAUCAUGUGGUACGUAUCAAUCAGUCUGAAACAAAAUGGAUGCGUCAUGAGGAUGCAAAGAUGGAAAUUAUUCGAUCCAGUAACGAUUUGGAAAUGAUUGUUCAACGUGGUGGUGCACAUCUCGUGCAGUCCUCAGCCCCAAUCACCAUGAUGCCAUCGAACACAUGGAACCGUCAGGUGCCUCAAUCAUCACCCUCGCAACCACAGCCUAGUCCACGAACCAUAUGGCAACCACAAAUUCUUCCUAACGAGAAACCAAGUUAUACGGAUGGACUGAAUACGCACAUAAGUCUGGAAUCCGGAUCACAAAAUUAUGACCAGUCAUCAAUUGGUGUCAAGCACAAUGUGGCUCCAACACCUUUCGGACACGUUCCCCCGGCACCGGGUCAAGCAAUUACUGCCCAAGGUGCCGACGGUCGUUUCAGACAGGUGAAACACUCUAGUUACAACUCUCCAAUGGGGUUAUAUAAUAAGGCGAAUAUGACGGAAACGUUCGAACGCACCGUUUCUUCCGUAUCACAUACCGGAUUCCGUCCGAUGGGAGGUGCAGCUAGACCGGCUGGAGGUGCACCAAAUCGUGCUGAUACUGGAACAAAAUACUGUGGUUCAUGUGGUGAUUUUAUUCGUGAUGUGUUCGUGAAAGUUCAGGGACGUGUGCCAAUGCAUCCGGAGUGUCUAAAAUGUUGCAAGUGUGGUAUUGGAUUGCGCAAUGUGGGCUACUUCUACAUCAACGAGAAAUUGUAUUGUGAACGCCACGCGAAACAAGUCGCACCGCCACCAGAACCGGGUAUGAAACCGAUUGUGGUUUAUAAGUAA